AUGAUCCGCGAUUCGCUCCGUGGCCUGAUCACAUUGGAGCGAAAGCAACCAAAAAACGCCCGCUACACACGACAGAAGGAAACCUCCUCCUCCAUCGAGGCGCUGCUGAAGAAACGGAUGAAAAAGAUACUCGCAAACGACACCGAUCCACUUGAGCAUCGGUCGUUUCUUGCUGCCACAAUCCCUGGUACUGGGAACUCGGGUCUGUGCGACGCGUUUGUGCAUCAAAUUGCCCCGGAAGCUCAUCGUUACAGAGAAAACGAUCCGUUGUGCUUAUCCGUCUCUUUCGACGGUCCUUCCGGUUUCGACUCUGCGAACGACUGGACAGUUCUCAAGCAAGCCAAUCCGGAGCACGCUCUGUCGACUCGCCUGCUGGCUGCCUACUUUGAAAUUCCCCCGAGGUUUUUUCAGGACAACUUUGAACAAACUGGCAGCUUCCAGGUCGCUGCUACGCUCCAGUUCAUCCAAGAGUUUGGAUUGCUUGGCUGUUCGAGCUGGCACAACGCUCAACGUCAACGUCGGCUGCUGGACAAGACUCUCGCGUCACUCAAGGCUGCCGUUAAGCGCACCGCAGCGCGACUCUUUGUGCUUUACGCUGGCACUUUGUCCGAUGACCUCACCACUGGCCUGAUUGAGUCGCUCCACUCUCAAACCUCUGCUUCAAGCAAAUACAACGUGGAUGAGGAGGAGGUGCCUGAACCCAAGCGCGAGGAUGCAAACCUCGAGAGCCAGUUGCAUCCUUCCGGUGGCAUACCAUGCCACAUUGAGAAGGUUCUUGGUGUGAUGGCAAGUGGCGCGGCGGCUACACUCUGUCUGAAUGCCCGCAAGUUUAUCGAACUCGUGCACUUCUGUGCGUUCGACGCGUUCUCGAUCAAUCCUUCAAGUCUGGAUGCCCGAACUCGCUCUUGGAUUAACACAGGAUGUGCCUUCGUCGAUCUUCUUUCGGGUGACGCUCCACUAAGACGUGACACGCUCGCACAAACGGUGCGCUCGGCCUACGGCCAUGUCGCCGACCUUCAGCGCAAGAUGGAGCAUCAUUUCACGCAGCGUUAUCUUCCUGCAGUUGAGUGGGAGCAUACUGUGGGCAUCCUUUUCAACUUGCGAUUGACUGUACUUGUCGCCAAAGCACUGCUGGAUCAUGCUGACGCUUCGAAGCAGCUUGACGCUUCAAAACAGCUUGACGCAUCAGACCAGACUGGUGCACCACAGCUGCCGGCUCACAUUGAUGUACCGCUGAGUCGGGUGCUACCUGGCGUCAAGUUUGGUGCGGGAUGUGAGGGACUCCAACUUCGAUUGCCGCUGAGCAAUUGGAGGGAAGACCUGACGUGCAUGAUGAAGCUCGACAAUGCUGAAUGUACAUUCGCAACUCACAUUGAACCGGCGAUUGACUGGUACAUGCAUGCUCAAGUCGUCGAGAAAACCAGCGGCAAAGUGCGUCCGGCAGUCAUUGGACUGCAAGUAAAGCAUCACAAGUCUCUUCGUCUCACCACCCAAGACGAGAUUGAGAGACUGGAAACAAAUGCUCGGAGGGAACUCGCCCGAAAGUAUGUCAUGGAAGAAGGCACUGUGAUUCUUGUCGGAGUCAUGUUGACGUCUCGAGUGACGAUUGCAAAUCCGCCGCCGCUUUCGUGGGUGAUGCACCGCGGCGACCUGGAGCAAUUCGCUCAAGGCUUCCAGAUGACAGUUCCUUGA